CCCUCAGCUGGGACUGUUUGUCGCUGAGAGCCUCGGGUCGACAUGGACUCUCACCUCCUGCUCUGCCUCAUGAUUCUACCAACUCUGAGACUCUCAGCAGGCCAGUUCCUGGGAUGCCACCCAGACCAGUGGCUUUGUGAUGAUGGAACCUGUAUCCCUGAUAAAUGGAAAUGUGAUGGAGAAGGAGACUGUCUGGAUGGAUCUGAUGAAAUGGAUUGUGCUGCGGCCCCAGGCUCCCCUCUGUGUCCACCAGGUCAGUUUCCUUGCGUGGACUCUGUCGGCUGCGUGGAUGCUUCGGCCCGUUGUGACGGACGGAGCCAGUGUCCCACCGGCUCUGACGAGGAGAACUGUACGGCCGCAGACGGCUGUCUGGACUCGGACUGGACCUGUCGGAACCGCUUGUGUGUCCCCAAAGAGCAGCACUGCAACGGGCUGAACGACUGCAUGGACAACUCUGACGAAAAGGACUGCGGUGUGUGUGUCGAGGGCGGCGUGCGGUGUCCUGACGGGACGUGUCUAUCUCCUGAAGAGAGGUGUGACGGACAGGUUCACUGCUUGGAUGGAAGCGAUGAGCCCAUAACCUGCGGUCGUAUCUGCUCGAUGAACAACGGCGGCUGUAACCACGUGUGUGUCGACGAGCCCUGGGGCACUCUGUGUGCCUGUCGGGUUGGAUAUAAGCUCUCAGCCAAUGGAGCGGUCUGUGAAGAUGUGGACGAAUGUGCGUCACCUUUUUCUCCCUGCAUGCAUCACUGCACGAACACCAUCGGAUCCUACUACUGCCACUGCAGAGACGGCUUCAGACUGAAUGGAAACUCCAUAUGUGUAGCAACAGGUAACGCCACCCGGCUGCUGACCGUGCAGAGGAGAUCUAUCGGACUGUUGAACGUGAAGUCUCAACAGUUUGAAGUUGUCAUGACCGCGGUGAUUGACCCAGUGGCCUUGACGUUUGACGUGGCCCGGGGCUGGUACUUCUGGGCCGACGGGAGUGGCAGCAUCUUUAAAAGUGAUGGACGUCGCAGCUGGACGACCUACACUGGAGAGCCUGGUAUAAAUAGUCUGGCUUGUGAUUGGCUGAAUGGAAACCUUUACUGGACCAAUCAGAAGACGGAGGCCAUCUACAUGCAGGCAGCUGACGGGGACAGUUACAUGACUCUGAUGAGAAAAAACAUCAGCCCGUCAGAUCUGGUGCUUCUACCUGUGGAAAGCUUGAUGUUCUGGAUUAAUGGCGGCCCAGGUGAGCGGGUGACGAUAGAGAAGUCGUGGAUGGACGGAUCAGAGAGAAACGCUCUGACGGUCGUCACCGCUCAGUCUGCUCACGGCCUCACUGCCGACGUGGAGGCCAGGAGACUGUACUGGAUCAGCGACUUCAAGAAGUCCAUAGAGACGGUGAAGGUGGACGGGACGGGUCGGUUCUCCUUCACCGGAAUGUUCCCCAAGCGAGUUCCUCUCAGCCUGGCGGUUUUUGAGGGCUUGUUCUACUGGGUCGACGUCAAAGGGCUGUGGCAGGUUCCACAGAACCAUCACAACCAGAAGAGGUUUCUCUGGAAAGAUGAUCUGCCUCUGUUGACUGUUUUCCAUGAGCUCCAGCAGCCUAAAGGCUCCUCUGCCUGUGUGAAGACUCUGUGUCACCUCUGCCAGUUAACUAAAGGAAACCUAGCCGGAUUCAGCUGCACCUGUCCAGACUUCAAAAUGCUGCUGCUUGACGGGUCAUGUCAAUAUCCAAGAUUUCUUUACGCCACCAGUACCAACAUCAACCUGUUGGAGUUCAAAGAAAAAGUGUCGUCUGAUAAGCUGCUGUUUAGCACCGAUGACGGGAUCCUGUCGUUUGAUGUGGACUGGUACAGAGACUGGUUGUACUGGGCCAACAACACCGGCCACAUCCAACGCACCAGUCUGACGCAGGUCAGGACCGAGGUGGUGCCAGCUCCUCUGCCAGUCUGUCAUAUAAAAGUAGACCAGAGGAAGGAGAGUCUUUACUGGGUGUCCUGUGACCAAAACAGUUUGGGCACCACCGCAGCUGGUGGUGGUCUCCCGCAGCAGCUGUACCGCACAGAGGGGAACAUCCGGGAGUUUUAUCUGGACUGGCUGAGAGGUGGCGUCAUCUGGCUGGAGGACGACCGCAUCUUCAGCAUGAGCGAGAUGGGAGGCAAAGCCAAAGAGCUGCUGCAGUUGGCUGGAGGAGUCCGAGGGAACAUGGCCUUCGACCUCAGGGCCAAUAGUCUGCUGUGGAACUCAGAAAGCUCAGGCCUCACAGCCAUGAGUUUGCUGCAGGUGCGGAGCCACCAGGCUGGAAGACGGUGGAACAUUCCCGGCUCAGUUGUCGGCGCCUGCGAGCCCUUCCUGUUGUCGCUCUCUGAUGAUGGCAUGACUCUGUGGGAUCGGCGUGAAGGGACGCCCCUCCAGCACAUCGCAGUGAGGGGUCAGGUGGUCCAAGUCGUCUCUGCACUUGGGGACGUUCGAACAGUGCCCAGUUCUUCAGCCUGCAGUGAACCGUCCGUGCUGUGCAGACACUCAUCAGUCUGCCUCUCACAAGCUCAGCUGUGUGACGGUAAACGGGACUGUCCCGACGGAGACGACGAGGAAUUCUGCGUCAUCACAUGUCCAUCUAAAGAGGAUUUCAAGUGCAAGGACAACAGCAAUUGCAUCGCCAGGAAUCUCGCUUGCGACGGUCACGCUCAUUGUCGCGAUGGCUCGGACGAAGUCGACUGUCCGACCGUGGCUCCUCCUGCGAGUCGGCCAAAAGUCCUGAAGUGUCGCGUGGGCUGGAAGCUGUGCGAAGACGGCACAGAGUGUGUUUCAUACAACCACGUGUGUGACAGAGAGGUCGACUGUAAGGACGGAUCAGAUGAGAUGGGAUGUGAUGCAACUCCAACCAGACCUGCUAUCGUCUCAUCCACCACAUCUCCUGCUCCGACUGAGCCGCCCUGCAGCAGCCCGUCCGUGCGCUGUCCUUCGGUUCAACUCUGCAUUUCUCCCAGCCAGUUCUGCGACGGCCGUGAAGACUGUCCUGACGGCUUUGACGAAAAGACCUGUGUGAAAAGCUGCCCUUCAAUGAAUGAUUUCCGCUGCAAAGACCGUCGGAGCUGCGUCUCAAAGAGUCUGGUCUGUGACGGUCGCUCUCAUUGUCACGACGGCUCGGACGAGGUCGACUGUGCGGCCGUAGCUGCUCCUGCAAGUCGGCCAAAAGUCCUGAAGUGUCGCGUGGGCUCCAGACUUUGCAGAGACGAGACCGAAUGUGUUCUCUUUAGUCACGUUUGUGAUGGAGAGAGAGACUGCAGAGACGGAUCAGAUGAAGAACAAUGUGAUGCUGCACACAAUGCCGAUCUUGAAGAAAAUCACAAAUCUAGGUCUCCUGCACCAGUGGUACCAUCUACUGAGCCUCCAACCAAACCACCCUGCACCAGUCCCUCAGUUCUGUGUCCAGGUUCUUCUUUAUGCAUCAAACCAACGCAGAUGUGUGAUGGAAAGAGAGACUGUCCUGAUGGAUCUGAUGAGAACUGUGUGAAACGAUGUCCCUACAAGACCGACUUCCACUGCAAAGACCGUCGGAGCUGCGUCUCAAAGAGUCUGGUCUGUGACGGUCGCUCUCAUUGUCACGACGGCUCGGACGAGGUCGACUGUGCGGCCGUAGCUGCUCCUGCACCUCGUUCAAACAUCCUGAAGUGUCGCGUGGGCUCCAGACUUUGCAGAGACGAGACCGAAUGUGUUCUCUUUACUCACGUUUGUGAUGGAGAGAGAGACUGCAGAGACGGAUCAGAUGAAGAACAAUGUGAUGCUGCACACAAUGCCGCUAACGCAGAAAAUCACAAAACUUGGUCUCCUGCACCAGUGGUACCAUCUACUGAGCCUCCAACCAAACCACCCUGCACCAGUCCCUCAGUUCUGUGUCCAGGUUCUUCUUUAUGCAUCAAACCAACACAGAUGUGUGAUGGAAAGAGAGACUGUCCUGAUGGAUCUGAUGAGAACUGUGUGAAACGAUGUCCCUACAAGACCGACUUCCGCUGCAAAGACCGUCGGAGCUGCGUCUCAAAGAGUCUGGUCUGUGACGGUCGCUCUCAUUGUCACGACGGCUCGGACGAGGUCGACUGUGCGGCCGUAGCUGCUCCUGCACCUCGUUCAAACAUCCUGAAGUGUCAUAUGGGCUCCAGACUUUGCAGAGACGAGACCGAAUGUGUUCUCUUUACUCACGUUUGUGAUGGAGAGAGAGACUGCAGAGACGGAUCAGAUGAAGAACAAUGUGAUGCUGAAAAAAAGAUCGCCACUAAUCCAGAAAAUCCACCUUUAAAUAAACCCCCUGCAGUCGCCCUGCCCUCGACUCAACCUCCCCACCAGCCGACCUGCACCAGUCCCUCAGUUCUGUGUCCAGGUUCUUCUUUAUGCAUCAAACCAACACAGAUGUGUGAUGGAAAGAGAGACUGUCCUGAUGGAUCUGAUGAGAACUGUGUGAAACGAUGCCCUUACACGACUCAGAUUCUCUGCAAGGACCGCAGGAGCUGCAUCUCAAAGGAUCUGGUUUGUGACGGUCGCGCUCACUGUCACGACGGCUCAGACGAGCUCGACUGUCCGAGCGAGUCUCCUCCUGCGUCUCGGACCAAUGUCCUGAAGUGCCGUAAGGGCUCGAGGCUGUGUAACGACGGCACAGAGUGUGUUCUAUACAGCCACUUGUGUGACGGAGAGAAGGACUGUGUGGAUGGAUCUGACGAACGAGGAUGUCCGGAAACCUGUAAACAAGAUGAGUUCCAGUGCUCCCACGGGAAGAUUUGCAUCCCUGCGGCUCAGGUGUGUGACGGGAUAUCUCAGUGUCAGGACCAGUCUGAUGAGCUCGACUGCCGGGAACAAACCAAGAGCUGCGAGUAUCGCUGUCCCGACGGCAAGCGCUGCAUCCCAAACAAGUUCCUGUGCGACGGAGAGAGAGACUGCGUGGAUGGCACGGAUGAGGAAGGCUGCGAAGACCCUGCUACCACUGCUGAGCCUCCUCUCCGCAAUUUCAAGUCGGCUUGCGUCGCACCUUCAGUCCUCUGCCCCGGUUCAUCAAUGUGCAUCGCUCAAAAUCAGCUGUGUGAUGCACGACGAGACUGCCCUGAUGGAUUUGAUGAGAAGGACUGUGUGUUCCAGUGUAAAAACAGAGAUGACUUCCUGUGCAGCGACCGGAGAAAGUGCGUCUCCAAGGUGGAAGUGUGCGACGGACGUUCCCACUGUCCCGACGGCUCUGAUGAGAUGCAGUGUCGGUCAGAAGGUCCCUCCUCCAAUGUGCUCAACGACAAAUCAGCACCUCUGAAGUGCCUCAAAGGUUUCAAGCCGUGUAAAGACGGCCUGGACUGUGUCAUGUACAGCCACGUGUGCGACGGAGAGAGAGACUGCCACGACGGGUCAGACGAAGAAGGAUGUGCUGUUGAAUGCAAAGAAGGUGAGUUCCAGUGUUCUCACGGGAAGAGCUGCAUCCCACUGGGGCAGGUGUGCGACGGGGAGUACAACUGCCAGGACCGGUCUGAUGAAAUGGGCUGUUCCAAGAUGAGUGAGGGCUGCCAUCAGCGCUGUGACAACAACACUCGCUGUAUACCCAAGACCUUCCUGUGUGACGGCGAGAGAGACUGUGCUGAUGGGUCGGAUGAGGAAAAGUGUGCUCUGGUGGCCUGUGCGAUUAACCAGUUUCGCUGCACCAGCGGUCAGUGUGUGUCUGAGGCCCUGCGGUGUGACGGAUAUGCCGACUGCAGCGAUCGCUCCGAUGAGAUGGACUGCACCAGACCCCCGCGCUGCCCGGCACACCUCCGAUGCCUGCACAGCCACGAGUGCCUGCAGAAGGAGUGGCUCUGUGAUGGCGAGAACGACUGCGAAGACGGCUCAGACGAGAAGAACUGUGUGACACCGGCAGCAACGUGCAGGGAAUACCAGUGGCAGUGCGGAGACAGCAGCCAGUGCAUCCCUCUGUCCUGGAAGUGUGAUGGGAAAAAGGACUGUCACAAUGGAGCAGACGAAAACAAAUGCCGCCAGAGAAACUGCCCCUCUCCCCUUUACCAGUGUGGCAGUGGAGAGUGUGUGGACCCUGGCCUGGUGUGUAACGGCUUCACCAACUGUGCCGACAGUUCAGACGAGGGCGCAGGGUGUGCUCAACGCAACUGCUCCAGCCCGUCAGCUCCUCGGUGUGAACACGGCUGCGUCAGCACCCCUAAGGGAGCGAGGUGUUACUGCGCUGCAGGUUUCACGCUACGGUCCAGCGCCGUGUCCUGUGCGGACAUUGACGAGUGCUACAUAGCGCCCCACGCUGUUUGCAAACACAACUGCCGCAACACCCGUGGGUCUUAUGCCUGUGACUGCAACCCUGGUUUCUUCCUGGAGCCUGACAACAAAAGCUGCAAGACCAAGGACGAACCUUUGCUCCUGGCGUCCGUGCAGUCGGAGCUGUUACUCCUGGGAGUCCACAGCAGCACCUUGCGUCUUCUCUCCUUCGCCAGUCGACCGGUCUUCUCGCUGGAUUACCACUGGGAGCGGCAGAGAGUUUACUGGCUGAGCCCCGACUAUCAGAGCAUCCGCUGGACUGACAUGAAUGGCUCCAAUAACAAAGGAACGCUUAUCAAAGGAGUGAAGUCUGAUUUUAUCGCCGUGGACUGGGUCGGUAAGAACCUGUACUGGGUGGACGGACUCGUCGGCCGGAUUCUGGCAGUGAAGCUCAGCGACAAGACGGUGAGAUCUCAGGACUACACUGUGGUUCUGGGAGAAGAUCUGGAGCAGCCGAGCUCACUGGUGUUACUGCCACACAGAGGGCUGAUGCUGUGGUCCGAGAUCGGCAGCACCCCUCAGAUCGAGCAGUCUGGUAUGGAUGGUUCACAGAGGAAGGUGGUGGUGAGUCAGGGGCUGAGCUGGCCUGUCAGUUUGGCCUAUGACCUCCUGGACGACAGGGUUUACUGGGCCGAUGAGAAGCUGCGCUGCAUCGGCUCGGCCUCCCUGGACGGAGAGCAGGUCAAGAUUCUCCAGUUAGCCGAAACUCCAAGCCCUUUCUCUGUGGGGGUCUUCAACGACCGAUUGUUCUGGUCCGACACAAAGAGGAGAACGAUCCGCUCGGCUGAUAAGAACACUGGCAAAGAUCAGAAGGUUCUUCUGAAGAGGCCCGGACAACCGUUUGGACUGAAGCUGAUGCAUGCCCUCUCCCAGCCGGUCACACCCAGCCCCUGUGAUCUUCUCCAUUGCUCCCACCUCUGCCUGCUGGCUCCUGCAGAAAGAGGCCAGUCUGGAGCAGCAGGAGCUCCAGUGGCGAGGGGGCUCACGGCAGUUUGUCGAUGCCCAAAGGGGCUGCUGCUCUCCAAGGACAAGAUCACCUGCUCUCUGCCGAUGGAGUCGUCUUUCAUGCUGCUUUUGUCUCCCACCACAGUCUAUCAGAUUUACCUGCACACCCUGCAAAAAGAAGGCGUUGCUCUUAAAAAAAUGCCAACCAGUCGAGUUUUGCCUCUUCCUGGAGUAACAGAGGCAUCAGGCCUGGACGUGUCCAUCCACGAGUUCUCUCUGUACGUGGCCGAUGCAGGACAAGGAACUGUGGACGUGCUGAAACUGAGCGGCUCCAGGUCCAGGCAGGGGCUGACACCUGCUGGACAAAUCCUGAAGCUGAAGGAGGAUCCAGUCACAGCUCUGGCGGUCGACUGGGUGACCUCCAACCUCUACUGGAGCAGCACCAACAGGCCUGACCUCCACGUGACCUCCCACCACAACGGCUACACCACCUCUCUGCUGCAGGGGUCACUGAAGGGAACUACGUCCAUCGCUCUGCACCCCCCCUCGGGACGACUUUGCUACACAGCGAUAGUUGAGUCCAAUGAAAAGAGCCAGACGGAGGUGAACUGCGCCUGGAUGGACGGCCGGGACAAGGCAGUGCUGUGGAGGGAGUCGCUCAUCCCCACCUCGCUGGGCUUCUCUCAUGAAGGAUCCAUGAUCUACUGGGCUGACCCGGGCGAGGGGGUGAUCAGCUCUAUCGGAGUGGAUGGAUCAGGUUAUAAACAGUAUAAAACGGGGCCAGGUCUGCUCAUCUCCUUCACACAAACCGAGAACUUCCUCCUCUGGAUCACUCUGGACAAAGAUGUGACUCAACUGUGGUUCAGUGACGGACUUCAGCCUAAACAGCUGUGGUUUGAGACCAAGACGAGUCUGGUGGAGGUGAAGGCCUACAGCAACGACACCCAGUCUGGAACAAAUGGCUGCUCCGACAGCAACGGCGGCUGUGCCCAUCUGUGUCUGGCCUUUCCUGGAGGUCGCACGUGUAAAUGCGGCGAGGACUUCUACAGCGUCGGCGCCACUUCCUGCGCCCGCCUCCACGACUGCCCGGAUGGAGAGCGGUCCUGCUUUGAUGGAACCAAGUGUAUCAGCAGCAGCAGGUUCUGUGACGGACGCGUGGACUGUCAGGACCAGUCUGACGAACAGGACUGUCCAAACACAAACAAUUUCGAGAGCACAGCCGGUGAUGACCGUCAUCACGAGUCUUCCCCUCCUCAACCAAACAUCCCAGAACACAAAAACGCUCUUGAAGUUAAAGACUGUGACCCCCAGCACUGCCACGGUCAAGGUCACUGCGUCACAGAGGGUGAAGUCGCUCGCUGUCAGUGUUCGGCCGGGUACAACGGAGAGUUUUGCCAGGAGACGGAAGGUGGACACCAUCACGGGGUGGUCAUCCUCGGCGUCUUCUGCCUCGUGGCCUUGUUGAUGGCGGCUGCUUUUAUCUUUGCAAAAAGGAGAGCCUGGGCGUCCAUCAGGAGCAGAUCCAUUGAGAAGGAAACUCUGAUGGCCAACAUGGGUCUGCCGUGUGAAAACUACGAUUCUGAAUCUGAGGAGCUGGAAUCCCCCGACGACACCAAGAACCCAGCGUUUAUGUUAAAGAUGCUCAAACCUAAAUAAUCAUCUGCAUCUUUACAUUUGUUCAGAUGUCACAAGUCAUAUCUGAUCCUGGAUUUCAACAUGCUGAUGCAGACUGUAUUGUAAUAAAUGUAACGUAUAAUGAACCAGUAA